AUGAAUCGCAUUUUCGGACGCGGGAAACCCAAAGGACCGGCACCGAACCUCACGGACUGCAUCUCAAAUGUUGACUCACGAGCCGAGUCCGUCGAUAAGAAGGUAGCCAGACUCGAUGCAGAAUUAGUAAAAUACAAAGAUCAGAUGAAGAAAAUGAGAGAUGGACCAUCAAAGAACAUGGUGAAGCAGAAGGCCAUGCGAGUGCUCAAACAGAAGAGAAUGUAUGAAGGACAGAGAGAUCAGCUGACGCAGCAGUCGUUUAACAUGGAGCAGGCCAACUAUACCAUCCAGACGCUGAAAGAUACCAAGACUACGGUGGAUGCCAUGAAAAUCGGAGCCAAAGAAAUGAAGGCGGCUUACAAGAAUGUUAAAAUUGAUCAGAUUGAGGAUCUACAGGAUCAGCUGGAGGACAUGAUGGAGGAUGCGAGUGAGGUGCAGGAGGCUCUCAGCCGCAGUUACGGGACACCAGACAUCGAUGAAGAUGACCUGGAGGCGGAGCUGGACGCGCUUGGUGAUGAGCUGUUAUUGGACGAUGAUAACUCGUAUUUGGACGAGGCCUCUACUGCUCCAGCUAUACCUGAUGCUCUGCCGGGAGGCAAGAGCACUAUCCGGGAUGGAGUACUGGUGGACGAGUUUGGCCUUCCUCAGAUUCCAGCUACAUAAAAAACAAACUGACGCAAAAGAACCUCAAACACUCGAAAGACAUGGACAAAUAUCUACACAUGUA